GCCCAUGUCCGAUAGGUCCUAUUUGCGAAAUACAAAGAACAACCGCAGUCGUGUGCCUAGUGAUGCUCAGCGUGUGUAUUCACGAUGUGCUGUCGUACUUUCGCCCAAAGUCCGUAUUCGUGCCCUAUCCUCCUUCCACUCUCCGGUCUAUCCCCGACCGGAAUACUCAGUGUUCGAUCCACUCGUAUGCCCAUGAUCCCCAUACAUAGCGGAAGCCACUCUGCCCCUAAUGGUAUCCUCUACGACGUAAAUCAUCCAUGCGGUCUCCGCACACUCCGCUUAGCAGCGCUCAAAAAGUGGAUAAGAUGUAGUCUAGCGAAACUUCAAAUUACCCCCAUUAAAAUCUAGCGUCCCCGAGAUGUCUCUAAUUUCUGCUCACACCGUCGCCGAGCACGCAACUCCUUCAAGUUGCUGGAUCAUCGUCCACGGCAAAGUGUAUGAUGUUACGGAGUUUUUGCCUGAACAUCCUGGUGGCAGCAAGAUUAUCCUGAAGUAUGCUGGUGUCGACGCAACUGAAGCAUACGACCCUAUCCACCCGCCAGACGCCAUUACGACUCACCUGCCCAAGGAAAAGCACCUUGGCGCCGUCGACCCGAACACCGUGAUCAAGGUUGUUAAAGAAGUUACUGCGGAGGAUAAGAUUCGCCAAGAGUUAAUGUUGGCUCGCCCCCCUUUGGAUGAAAUAGUUAAUCUCCAUGAUUUCGAGGCUGUCGCAAAAGCUAUCCUACCCCCCAAAGCAUGGGCCUACUACUCUUCAGCGUCUGAUGAUGAGAUCACCAUCCGAGAGAAUCGCGCCGCAUACCAAAGGAUAUGGUUCCGUCCUCGUGUUCUUCGUGACGUCUCCGUUGUCGAUUGGUCGACGACCAUCCUCGGUCGGAGAUCCUCGCUUCCGGUAUACAUUUCCGCCACAGCACUUGGCAAGCUUGGCCAUCCAGAUGGAGAACUCAACUUGACCAGAGCAGCCGGAAAGCAUGGUGUUAUUCAAAUGAUCCCCACGCUUGCGUCUUGCGCAUUUGACGAGAUCGUUGAUGCCGCGGUCCCCGGGCAGGUCCAGUUCUUGCAGCUCUAUGUCAACCGUGACCGGGAGAUCACAAGAAAAUAUGUCCAACAUGCUGAGAAGCGUGGGGUGAAGGGCCUCUUUAUAACCGUCGACGCCCCUCAGCUUGGUCGCCGUGAGAAGGAUAUGCGCAUGAAAUUCGUUGACGAGUCUGGGGUCGCGAAAGUCCAAGAAAAUGAGGCCGGUGUCAAGAAGGACGAAGGUGUUGCCCGAGCCAUUUCUUCCUUCAUCGAUCCUUCCUUGUCGUGGAAGGACAUUCCCUGGUUCAAGAGCAUCACGAAUAUGCCCAUUGUCCUCAAGGGUGUUGCUACGCCCGAAGACGCGCUCAUGGCCUACGACUAUGGUCUUGCUGGAAUUGUCCUAUCAAAUCACGGUGGUCGUCAACUCGACACGGCUAGAUCCGGUGUCGAGAACCUGAUUGAGGUUGUUGCCGCUCUCAAGACCCGCGGUCCUUGGCCCAACCCUAAAUUCGAGGUCUUCGUCGACGGUGGUGUCCGGAGAGCUUCCGACGUCCUCAAGGCCAUCGCCCUCGGGGCAUCUGGCGUCGGCGUCGGUCGCGCAUUUAUGUACUCAUUCUGUGCCUAUGGACAGGACGGCGUUGAGAAGGCCUUCCAAAUCUUCCGGGAGGAACUGGAAAUGAACAUGCGCCUACUUGGCGCUCGUUCUAUAGAUGAGCUAACGCCCGAUAUGGUCGACGCAAGCGCUCUCCACUCGCACGUUGGCCUUACUCCACCAGAUAACCUGUUUAACUCUACAUAUCAACCCCUGGCCCUUGCCCAGUUCAAGACCAAGUUGUGAGACUCACGAGUCACGGCAUUGAGGUCCCGCAUAUGAGUUUUUGCGCAUAGCGUUUAUCUGUACUCUUGAUUCCUGUUUGGUUGCACUACUCAGUUAUAUAGCAUGAUACAGAUGUGAUGUUUUCACCAUAAGAUGUAUUUCUAUAUCCCAUACAAUCUGGAUUUUUGUCAUUGAAGGCAAUUCGAGGCAGUGAAGUUCGGGGGUGCUACUUCAACCUGU